AUGCUCGCCACUCUGGGCCGCGGUGCCACUUCAGUGGCCGAGAUGCAGAAGGCAGCAGCAGCGAUGGUGAAGGAGAGUCGUGGCAAUUGCAGCUCAGCCACGAAGAUGAUGGCAAGAGCUGGCACUUCGGGGAAACACCCCAACAACAUAGAGCGAGAUAUCAUGAGACAUUUGGGGCUGCCACUCCCGAUUCAUUGGAUCACUGUGCCGGUGUUGUCAGCGAGAGACCGAAAGACUCGGUCGGAGCUGCGGCUUCCCUACUUGAUGCCCCACGAAUUGGUGCACUACCUUCAUGAGACGCAGCAAGUGCAGAUCAUGCAGGAGUCGGUGAAUGAGUUCUGGGCACAUGCUGCCCAGCACACCGAUUGGGCUGCCCAUCAUGAGGGCUUCGGGACUAUGCCGCUGGGCGGCCUCCAGAUGCGAUACCCGCUGAUGAAUCUUCGCGAAUUCAUCUGCCUGGGCCCAGAGACACUCAACCCCGUCAUGGAGGUGCUGUCAUGGAGUUUCGGCCAACUUGCAGCCGGAGGGCGACACUACCUCAUCGAGAUGCGGGGGGACUGGAAGUGGCAGAAAGCCUUCUUCUGCCUCAAGCCCCGCCCCGCGAAUCCUUUGAUUCUGGUACCCGGCUUCCGGCCGGAGUUCAUCCGCAUUUGCGCCAUGCACACAUUACACCUGGGUGUUUUGCAGCUGCUGAAUGGGUCCAUCUUCACACUUCUAGAAGAUCUCUGCUGGUUCCGUGCUGAUGACGCUGGGCCGAGUAUCAAGCUCCCAGAAAAAAUGAUCCUGCUGUGCUCUCGCUUCAAGAGCUGGGCGAGCGCCAAUCAGCUCAAGCAUUCGCAGGCGACGAUGACAUCUGGGAUGUUGGGGUUCGAGGGAGGGGCUUACCCCUCAUUGAAUCUCAAAGCUUGGAAUUCUCGGCUUUUUGUGGUCUUCUUCGAGGUCGUGUUGAAGGAGCUCGUUGCAAGGGACACGGCUGCAGGCAACGAGCUCUUAUGCAAAGAGCUCAAACUGGCAUCUGCUGCCACGACGGCGAUGUGUGCCUUUCUGGCUGGCAUGGAGGCAUCGCCGCGAUACAUGAGCGAUGAGCAGUGCCGCUACUUGCAUGAAUCCAUGCAAUCUUUUCUGGAACUCUACGAGGUGCUCAUCGCUACAUCGCUUGCUCGGGGUACAGCCCGCUGGAAGGCGGUGCCGAAACACCAUUUGGCUUGGCAUUUGGUCGAAGAGAUGGACCGGUCGCACUACAACGUGCGAUUUUACCAUAGCUUUAUUGACGAGGACUAUAUUGGCCAAUGGAAACUUCUAGCACAAUCAGUGCCACGUGAUCUUCUCGAGUACAGAUGCUUGACGCGAUAUUUACUUCGUCUGGGCACGAAGGGCGGGAUCUAA